GCGCCUCAUUAGCAUUAGCUUCAUUAGCUUGUUAGCAUGCUCGUGCUCGUUAGCCGCGGUUAGCUCGUGCUUUAGCCGGGCCGCUCAUGAGGACCGUCCCCGCACAACAGUGCCUGCUGCCGCGUUUGCCUUGAGCGCCCAGAGGUCAGAGGUCAUGGCGCUGAUCGAGGGCGUGGGGGACGAGGUGACCCUGCUCCUCGCCGUCCUGCUGCUGCUCGCCGUCCUCCUGCUCGCCUGGGUCUCCACGGGAACACCCGACGCCACGCCGAGCGCCCGGAGCCCCGAGAGCACCCCCACAUCGCCCCAGGAGGACACGCCCACGUCGUCCACGUCCUCGCCGCUCGACUCCGCCCCCGCCGAAGCGUCGCCGCGGGACGCCGCCGCCGCGGGGGGCGGGGACAAGCCGGGGGAGGGGCUGAGGAGCAGAGGGAGGGACGAGAGGAACAGCCUCGUCCUCAGACUCAAAUUCCUCAACGACACCGAAAGAACAGCCACAGUCCAACCACAAGACACUAUCGGACACAUCAAACAGACGUACUUCUCGGGGCAGGAGAGUCGGGUGCGUCUCAUUUUUCAGGGUCAGUUGCUGCAGGACGACGGCGCCACCGUGUCGUCCCUGCACCUGUCGCACAACAGCGUCCUGCACUGCCACGUGUCCCAGCGCGCCCCGGGCCCGGCGCCGCGGGGGGCGGGGCCCGAGCAGGCGACGGCGGCGGCGGCGGCCAACGUGGGCGGGCUCAUGGUCCCUCUGCUGCUGCUCAUGCUGGUGGUUCUGUGGUACUGCCAGGUCCAGUACCGACAGUUCUUCACCGCCCCGGCCACCGCCACCUUAGCCGGACUCACCGUGCUGCUCAGCCUCGUCGCCUUCGGGGUUUACCGCCGCUGACCGGACCUGGACCGAGGACCGGACCGAGGACCGGACUCAGGACGCGGCUUGGACCGGACCGAGGACCGGGACUACAGCACAGACACUUUAACCUGAGCCUCGGCGACGUCUCCACACAAAUCUGGACAAAUCUUUAGUUUUUCAGUUUUUUUUUUUUUUUGUUUGUUUUUUUUUUGAAAGGAGGUGUUUUCUGGAGCUUUCUCUCAGGUUCCUCCAGGUUCCUCCAGGUUCCUCCAGGGUCCUCCAGGGUCCUCCAGGUUCCUCCAGGUUCCUCCAGGUUCCUCCAGGGUCCUCCAGGGUCCUCCAGGGUCCUCCAGGGUCCUCCAGGGUCCUCCAGGGUUCCUCCAGGGUCCUCCAGGUUCCUCCAGGUUCCUCCAGGUUCCUCCAGGUUCCUCCAGGGUCCUCCAGGUUCCUCCAGGUUCCUCCAGGUUCCUCCAGGGUCCUCCAGGGUCCUCCAGGUUCCUCCAGGUUCCUCCAGGGUCACAAACCCGUCCAAACAGGUUCUCGAGUCGUCCCUGAAUAUCAUUACGUCCCUCUUCAUGAAUAUUAAAUUUUUCUUCAUUAA